GGACAGUGCCUGUUGGUAAAAGAUUGGCUAAAUGAGCUGUGCUUUUACACGUUUAAGCCAUAUAUAAAAGCACCAUUGAAGAGCAAUACAAUCUUCAAUUCAUUAUUCUAAUGGCUUCUAAAAAUGACUUAUACAAACCAAGCGAGCUUUUCCAAGCUCAAACACACUUAUACAAAAUCAUGUAUAGUUACCUUAAUCCAAUGUCUGUCAAAUGGGCACUUGACCUUAAAAUACCAGAUAUCAUCCACAACCAUCGCCAAGCCAUUACUCUUUCUGAGCUCAUUUCAGCUCUUAAGGUUCCACAAUCAAAAGAAACAUGCGUCGGUCGACUAAUGCGCUUGUUAGCACACAUUGAUUUCUUUGCAAUUGUCAAAAUUGAUGAAACCAAAGAAGGAUAUACUCUUACUCCAACAUCACAACUCCUUGUCUCUACCACUGAUCAUUGUUUAUCUUCAAUGGUUCGGUUGCUGAACAUUCCACCUAUUGUUGGCUCGUACAAUCAUUUAGGGAAAUGGACUUGUGGAGAGGAUCUCACAAUUGUUGAGACUGCAUUAGGCCCUGAAAGUUAUUGGGAUUUUAUUCAUCAAAAUUCUUCAUACUUGAAGACUUUUAAUGAUGCUAUGGAAAGUGAUUCUCAUGUUGUGAGGUUGGCCUUGAGAGAUUGUAAGUCUGUUUUUCAAGGGAUUGGUUCAUUGGUUGAUGUUGGUGGUGGAACUGGAAACACAGCUAAGAUUAUAUGUGAGGCGUUUCCAGAGCUGAAGUACAUUGUCCUGGACCUUCCACAGGUUGUUUCAGGUUUAACAGGAACCAAUAACUUGAGUUUUGUUGGUGGGAACAUGUUUAAAUCCAUCCCUCAAGCUGAUGCUGUUUCGCUCAAGUGGGUGUUACACAAUUGGAGUGAUGAUGAUUGCAUUAAAAUACUAAAAAAUUGCAAGAAAGCUAUUUCUGGAAAAGAGAAAGGAGGAAAAGUGAUAAUCAUAGAUGCAGUGAUAAAUGAAAAACAAGAUGAACAUGAAAUGACAGAAGUAAAGCUUUUGCUUGAUGUGGUUAUGAUGACCUGUUUCAAUGGAAAAGAGAGAAAUGAAAAAGAAUGGAAACAACUUUUCUUACAAGCUGGCUUCAAAUAUUACAAGAUCUUCCUCACAUUUGGUUUUAGGUCUCUUAUUGAGCUCUAUCCUUAAACCUUGCUGUAAUUUAAUAAAUAAUUGUAUUUUUGCUUCAAAUAUAUUUAUAAGGGGACUGUAAUAAAGGAGCCACUUAUAUUUAACUCAAGUGACAUAUAGGUGGCCCCUAACCAGUGUAAUAACAAGAAUAAGAAUGUAAUUUGUGUGACAUCAAUUUCUCAAAAUAAAAUGCAAAUAGUUUAGUAGUGCCUUGCACAAGUUA